AUGGGCGUGCUCGGCGCGGCGGGAGCGCUGCGUCGCUCGCACGCGGCCGCGCUCGCAGCGCUGGGGGCGCUGCUGCUGCUGCUGCUGGCGAGCCGCGCGCCCGCCCCGCCCCCGCGCCGGCCCCGCCCACUGCCGCCACGGACCACCCCGCCCUCGCCCCUGCCCCCGCCCGCCCGACGCACCAACACAACCCUACCUCCUCCACCCACGCACCCGCCAACACAUCCGCCGUCACCGACGCCGCGCGACCCGCGUAUCAUCCUCACCCGUGACGUGUACGUAGCGGGCCACGAGCGACCCCACCCGGAGUUAUGCCCGGCGUUAGGUGCGCGUCUCCAACUCCUCGUGUUGAUUACAUCAGCGCCGUCCCACGCUAGUGCUCGCGAUGCUGUGCGAUUGACCUGGGGCCAUUACGCGUCGAGGAGCGAUGUUGCACUCGCGUUUGUACUAGGCUCCCCCCCAGCUUCAUUACGCUCAGCGAUUGACGCGGAGGACGCUUUGUACGGUGACCUGAUCGUGGGUAGAUCGAUCGACUCGUACUCGAAUCUCACGCUGAAGACACUUUCGAUGCUGGAGUGGGCGGACACGUACUGUCCCCGUGCGCCGAGACUGCUGAAGACAGAUGAUGAUAUGUUCAUCAAUAUUCCUCGGUUGCUGCGCUUCGCAACGGCACCGGGGCGGGUCAACGCGACCCGCACCAUUUGGGGCAAGGUGGUGAAGAAAUCGUAUCCGAAGCGGACCACUAAGUCGAAGUACUACGUGUCUCCUCUUCAGUUUCCUGGCAAGGUGUUCCCAGACUUCGCCACGGGGCCUGCUUACCUGGUGUCAGGCGAUUCGAUACGCGUGCUACUGGCGGCUGCGGGGGGCGAGCGCUACCUGCGUCUCGAGGACGUUUUCGUCACGGGCGUUUUAGCCACGCGUUUAAAAAUCGCUCGUCUGCAUUCGCCCGAGUUUUACAAUCGUAAGGUUGCCCUACACCCGUGCGCGGUGCAGCGCGGUAUCGCCAUACAUAUGGUACGGUAUCACGAGCAGUUCGAUCUGUGGAGGAAGCUACUUGAUGGAAAAACUAAAUGCACCAGCUAA